CUUACCUAGUUUACGGUCGAUAUUUUAUUAUAUUCUCGUACUUAUCUGUCCAACCCUCCCCGCGAGAUUUCGAAAAAAAAUUUUCGCAUAUGCUGUCGCCGUUUUUUUACUUUUAUUUUAUUUCAGUUUUUAUCGCGUUUACGUGUGUGCAUAUUUAUAAUAUAUAAUUUGUGUAAACGUAUUCGGGGCGUGUAUGAAUUCAGUGUUAUCGGUCCGUCGAUGAUGUCAACCCGGACGUUGAUUCUGACUGAAAAAUGUUGAUGCGUCCAAAAGUUCAAUUCAUGAAUUUGUUUAAGCAUGCUCCAAAUCGUGAAAUAUUUGAAUUACUACAAACUUGCUAAUGAAUUGUAAUGUAAAACUACUAUAAUAGCUACUUCGCACGGUUUGAGGAACUAAUCGAAUUCGAAAUGGUGACGCGUCGAAUUAAGUUGCUUUCAAAAAUGGAGCUGUUGGUUUGCAGGUGAAAUGCGGAACGGUCGACCGAAGGCGGCGGUCUUAAUCUUGUUGCUCGCGUUGUUCGUUCUGACCGGACCUCCUGGGACGCUGGCGGAUAACACCGGCAGCUCCUCGCCCGCAGCCGCCGUCGCCAACACCGCAGUCGCCUACACCUCAUCUACCAACACCACCACCGCCCUGCAGACAGCCGACAACGUCACGACCACCGCCCUGACAGCCGGCAACGUCACGACUACCGCCUUAGCUGCCUCUAGCACAAUAUUGCGGAACCUGACGAUCGGCUAUCUGACCGCGGCCAGGGGGAAAUUGGACAACCGACAAGGCCUGUCCAUUUCAGGAGCCCUAACUUUGGCGCUCGAGGAAAUCGAGGAUGAUCCACAUCUGUUGCCCAAUGUUUCGUUGGUGUUGAAAUGGGAGGACACGCAUGGCGAGACAGUGCACGCGACCAAAACGAUCACGCAGAUGAUAUGCGACAAGGUGGCCGUGUUUUUCGGACCCGAGGGCAAUACGUGUUAUACAGAGGCGAUAGUCGCGCAGGCGUGGAACAUUCCAAUGAUCAGCUAUAAAUGUGCCGAUUACAAAGCAUCGCAAGUACCUACGUUUGCUCGAACUGAACCUCCUGACACUCAAAUCACCAAAUCGAUUAUUUCCUUGUUGAGGUAUUACAAUUGGAAGAAGUUCAGCAUAAUCACCGAAGAACCAUGGAAGAACGUAGCCGAGUCUUUGAAAAUCCAAGCGUUAUACGCCAACAUGACCAUCAACCAUUUCUUAACGAUUGUCGAUCCGCACCAGUGCUGCGAACAAGAUCAGUCGUGUUGCAACGUUGGACAUUGGUACUCUGUAGUACAAGAAACCAUGGUCAAUACCAGAAUUUACGUAUUUUUGGGAGUUGCUAAAUCGUUAGUGGAUAUGAUGAACACAAUGCACGCUUUACAGUUAUUCGACAACGGAGAUUACAUGGUGAUUUUUGCGGAUACUAAGAUCAACACUUGGAAAGACUCCCAGCAAUAUUUGUGGAGACAACGUGAUUCAUUAGACAUGUCGAAUUGUAUGGAAGAGAAAAAUUUUCUCAAGCGUGCCCGUUCGUUGUUGGUUAUUGUUGCCUCGCCACCGUCACCAGAAAAAUAUGGAGUUUUCACAAAUAAAGUAUCAGAAUACACCAGCAAAGAACCGUUUAAAUUUCCAACACCAAACGUGUUUAAAAACGCGUCAUAUGUCAAGUUUGUGUCCAUUUAUGCUGCCUAUUUGUACGAUUCGGUUAUGUUAUAUGCACGAACAUUAGAUCUCUUGCUUAGAGAUAAAGCAAACGGUCGGGAAUUAACUGGUGAAAUGAUUGAUGAAAUAGCUUACAAUGGAACACUAAUCAUUGAAACACUUGUCAAUAAUAUAACUUACCAGAGCAUCACUGGUGCAACAAUCAAAUUAGACGAUAAUGGUGAUUCGGAAGGAAACUAUUCAGUGGUAGCAUUGAAGUCGCAUGAUUUUCAAUACCAUUUGAAUGAAGGAAAUUUUUCUUGCCCAUAUUACAUGAUUCCUGUGGCUCAAUUUUACCACGGUGAAUUACUGGAGUACAAAUUGAACUCUCCUAAUUUGAAAAUUGAAUGGCCUGGUAAGAGUCGACCAGAUGAUGAACCUAGUUGUGGCUUCAACAAUGAGUUAUGUAAAAAAAACGACAUGGAAAAGACCUCCAUAGUUGCUACAGUUUUGGGAGUAAUUUUAUUCUGUACAUUUGUCAUCACUCUGUCGAUAUAUAGAAAAUGGAAAAUAGAAUUAGAAAUUGAAGGACUGCUGUGGAAAAUAGACCCAUCAGAUCUGCUUGGAUACUACAAUAAAGAUAUUGUUUCAUCUCCCAGCAAAUUGAGUUUGGUUUCGGCUACCUCGUAUGAAUCCCGUUGUGGACUUCAAGUUUUUGCAACAACUGGUCAUUAUCGUAACAUAACAGUAAGAAUUAAAGAAUUAAAGUUUUCAAAGCGCAAAGACAUCUCUAGAGAACAAAUGAAAGAAAUGAGACUAUUGAGAGAUUUAAAACACAGCAACGUGAACUCUUUUAUCGGUGCUACUAUUGAACCAUUACGAAUACUUAUAGUUACCGAUUAUUGUGCCAAAGGAAGUCUCUAUGAUAUAGUAGAAAAUGAAGACAUUAAACUAGACAAAAUGUUUAUCACAUCUUUAGUUCACGAUCUCAUCAGAGGUAUGAUAUUUAUACACAACUCGCCUUUAGGUUGUCAUGGGAACUUAAAAUCAUCUAAUUGUAUUGUAACUAGUCGUUGGGUAUUGCAAGUCACUGAUUUUGGUCUACAUGAUUUGAGGCAAGGCGCAGAAAACGAUUCUAUUGGUGAACAUCAGUAUUUUAGAAAUUUGUUAUGGAAAGCUCCAGAGCUAUUAAGAGAUCCUAGUGCAUCCGUAAAAGCUACGCAAAAAGCGGAUGUAUACGCGUUUUCUAUUAUCUUGCAUGAAAUAAUGUGUCGACGAGGUCCUUUUGGUGCUUGCGGCGUCGAAGAACCUAAAGAAAUUAUAAGACUGGUUAAGUUAGGUUAUGAUGAAAUAAAUGGUGUGCCACUGAGGCCUAGUAUACACCAUUUGAGAGACUGCGAAAUGGCAGAAGACUAUGUCAUCCAAUGCAUUACCGAUUGUUGGGAUGAAUUCCCAGAAAAUAGACCAGACUUUGGCAUGAUACGUGCCAGACUCAAAAAAAUGAAAGAUGGAAAACAUACAAAUAUAAUGGAUCAAAUGAUGGACAUGAUGGAAAAAUAUGCAAACAAUCUUGAAGAUCUAGUCAACCAACGCACACACGAAGUCUAUGAAGAAAAACAAAAAACUGAAGAUUUAUUGCAUCGAAUGCUGCCAGCACCAGUAGCAAAACAAUUAACUCUAGGACACGGUAUUGAACCAGAAUCAUACAAUUCAGUUACCAUUUACUUUAGUGAUAUUGUUGGUUUUACUGCAAUGUCUGCUGAGAGUACCCCUUUACAGGUUGUUAAUUUUUUAAACGAUCUUUACACAUUAUUUGACAAAAUCAUUAAAGGCUACGACGUUUAUAAAGUUGAAACAAUAGGAGACGCAUACAUGGUGGUGUCUGGGUUGCCUAUUAGAAAUGGUAACAGAAAUUCUGGUGAAAUAGCUUCGAUGUCAUUAAAUUUACUUGAAGCCGUAAAACAUCACAAAAUAGCACAUCAUCCAGAAGCUACUUUAAAAUUACGAAUAGGAAUUCACACAGGACCUGUAGUAGCUGGUGUAGUUGGUCUUACAAUGCCUAGGUAUUGUCUGUUUGGCGAUACUGUAAAUACAGCCUCACGAAUGGAAUCUAAUGGUGAACCAUUGAAAAUUCACAUAAGUCAACAAUGUAAAAAUGCUCUUGAUGAAUUGGGAGGAUAUAUAAUCAAAGAACGUGGAUAUGUAAACAUGAAAGGAAAAGGAGAUGUACUCACUUAUUGGCUUGAAGGGACAACUGAUAAAGCUAUUAAAAGAAGAGAUGUGGAUUUGACUGAAUCACCUCCUCUGUUUUGUGGAUCAAAACGUCACAGUCCAAAAUUAUACAAUUUUGGAGAGUACGGCAGUAGGCGCCCAUCAUUUGCUCCACGAGGAAAUUCAUUUGAUCAAAGUGCCAAAGACAGUCAGACUAUACUCCACGAACAGCGGCCCACUCCUUUACCACAUCCUUUGCUUGAAUCACGAUGUAAACAAAUGAUACAUUCAACAUCUAUGGAUCCAUUUCCAAACAAACACAUCAGCAGAGUGAGCUCAAUGAUCAAAAGAAGUUGUCGUUCGUUAGAGGAUUCAAAACUUCUUAAUGAUCAAUGCACAAAAGAAGAGAAUUGUGAAGAAAAUGUUGAGGAAACUGCAGUUAAUGGUAGCCUUCAAUAUACCCCUUUAUUGUCAAUAGAAGACAAUAAACGAUGGCAUUCAUUUGAAGACAUUUCUAUGGAACCGCAUAGAAAGAAAUUGGUUUCAAGAAAUUCAAUUAGGAGUUGGUUGGUUGGAUUAUUCAAUGGUACUGCUACGUCUUGUCGAACUAGUGAAGUAUCAUUACGUAAAACAUAUUCAGACAGGCAACAGAUUGUUGACAAGGAGAGUGUGGUUUAAAUCAAUAAGUAUCAAACUAGGUUUGAAAAUAAUUUCAGGUAAAAUUAUCACUAAAAACUUAACAAUAGGGAAAUUUAUAAUAUUGUAAUCAAACACAAUUGAAGUGCUGUACAAAAACUUCACAACUUUUUGACAAUUUUGAUUAUAGCCUUUAUUCUGCUUAAAAAAAAGUGCACAAUUAUAUCAUUGGCUUCAUUUAUGCCGUAUAUACAUAUAAUAAAUGUGUUUUAGACAAUACUAUUUAUUUUGUUACAUUAAACAUGAGUUAAAUGAACAAUAUUUAGAAUUUGUUGGUAUUUCUUACUUUUGAUUAAGCAGAAAAUCACAUCACUAAGUUGUUUGAUAGGUACCAUUGAUUAUUUAUUAAUUUUAUCAUUAUUAUUAUUAUCGAUAUAUUAUAUUGUUAUUAUUAUUACCUAAUUAUUGUGUCAUUCAAUAAAUUAAUAGGUAUCUAUAAUAAAAUAAUGUGUCUCUUAAAUAUAUUUUGUUGUAGUUAUUUAUUUUAUUUUUACUCAUUUGAUAAUAUUAAUAGUUUAAUUAUUUUUUAAUGGUCAAAGUUACUACAUUAUUACAAUAGAUAAUAAUAUUAUAAAAUAUAUAGAUUUAUAUUUAUGAAAUAUAU